UGUAAACUGUCAAGCUUUCGGGCUAACAGUUGCUGUGUUUUACAAGGAUAAACUAUGUUUUGUGAUUGCUAUGGAGAGAAGUGAAAUGUCUUUGUCCCGGAUUCAGAGUCUCAGACUGGCAGCUGUACUGGAGGAUUGUUCAGACCAGUUGGACAUACUGGGGCAUGCUCUGACAGUGCAGAUGAGCAGGGAGCGCAGCAGUGCAGCAGCACAGGAGGAAGCCAGAGUGACCAAGCUGAAACGAGACUGUCAAUAUAUAUCACAGCAGGUGUCCAAGUUAUAUUUAGAGCUGGAGGAAAAGCAGAGUUUCAGCUGUCUGCUGCAAGUGGUGGAGGAAGCGGAGCAGAAGAAGAUGGCUGAGAACAUGAGAAGAGAGACAAAGAGAGAGCUGGAGCGUAGAAAACAAUAUGUACAGAGGCAAGAAGAGGAGCUCCAACAGAAAAUUGAGAAACUGAAGCAGCUCACCAAAGACCUGACACAAAAGCUGAAAGAGCAGCCAUCGAAGACAAAAAACAAGAAUAAGCUUGUGGAGAAGGACUUUGAGCUGCAGUUCCAGAAGACAGAAAAAGAGACGAGCCAAGCUGAGAAGCUGCUAGAAGACCAGCUGGAGCUGCUGAAAAAACAGUUUAAGGAGGAGGUGAGAAUUCAUGAGGAGUCGCACAAAUUUCUGCAGAAUCGACAUGAGGAGUUGCAGCAGCAGCUGCAGCAGUGGCAGCAGCGCACGAAGCAGAUGCUGCAGGAGAAGGAGCAGCAGCUCAACAAUGUGCGCUGCAAAAGAACGGUGAUUUUGGACAAACUGAUGGAGAUGAGGAGGAAGUACAGGGAGAUGGAGCAGAUGGUGGUGGAGGACAGGGAGGAGCAGGAGAAACUGCGCCAACAGCAAGCAGAGGCCAGAGCUGCUACCAAGAUGCAGGCCUGGUGGAGAGGCUGCAUGGUGCGCAGAGGCCUCGGCAGUUUUAAAAAAGCAGAGGAGGGCAAGAAAGGCAAGAAGAAGAAGGAAGGAAAGAAGAAGAAGAAAUGACUUCUCUCCAACACUGCUUUGUGACAUUCAAAAAAUGUAUUUAAUUUAACAACAAUAAUUUAAAAAAUAACUAAAAAUGUAAAAGCAUGUUUUUUGUCAUUUCAAACAUACAGUUUACACCAAAACUAAAGCAAUCCCGUACAAUGUUUAAGAAGAACAAGAAAAGUGGUACACUAUGUGAAGGUAACAUGGAGCAUAUCAGCAUCAUAUCAUAUAUAAACAUAUCAGCAAAAGUA